AUGAACGCAGGUGACUCAGUACCGAUUGUAAUCGAUAAUGGAUCUGGCCUCAGCAAAUCGGGUUUUGCUGGGGAGGACGCUCCUCGAUCAGUAAUCCCUUCAAUCAUUGGUCGGCCCAAGUACGAGUCUGUGAUUACCGCCAUGGCUGAAAAAAAUACCUACAUUGGUGACGAGGCUCAGACAAAACGAGGCAUGCUGUCCCUAAAGCACCCCAUAGAGCACGGAUUCGUAAAUAACUGGGAAGACAUGGAGAAACUUUGGAAUCAGAUCUUCUUUACUGAACUCCGCGUGGCUCCUGAAGAGCAUCCAGUCCUCCUGACAGAUCCACCUCUCAAUCCCAAGGCGAAUCGUGAACGCAUAACGACAAUCAUGUUCGAGACCUUCAACGUACCCGCGAUGUACAUUGCUCUGCAGGCUGUUCUAGCGCUCCACGCCUCAGGCAGAAUGACAGGUCUUGUGCUAGAUUCUGGCGACGGCGCGACACACACCAUCCCCGUCUACGAGGGCUACGGAAUCACCUCGGCAAUCGAGAGGCUUGAUUUAGCCGGUCGUGAGGUCACUGAAUACCUCAUGAGACUGCUUCGUGGACGCGGGAUAGCUUUUCGUACCACGUCUGAACGCGAAGUCGUCCGCGAAAUCAAAGAGCGUCUCGCAUACGUCGCCAUAGACUAUGAUGACGAGUUACUCAAGGCUGGGACUACAUGUGACUUGGAAAAGAGCUAUGAGCUACCAGACGGCAAUGUAAUUAGACUGGGCAGUGAGCGUUUUCAGUGCGCGGAAGCUCUCCUGCGGCCAUCGCUCAUUGGGAUGGAGGGUCCCGGGAUUGCAGAAUCGGCCUUCCAGACUAUCGGUCGGACUGAUUUGAGCACAAGGCGAGACCUCUACGACAACAUCGUUCUCUCCGGGGGCUCCACCAUGUUCCCUGGAAUGCAAGACCGUCUGAAAAAGGAAAUUACUAAUAUGGCGCCUCCAUCAGCACGCGUUCGAAUAGUUGCGCAGCCGGAAAGGAAGUACUGUGUUUGGAUUGGUGGGUCGAUUCUGGGAUCGCUCUCCUCAUUCAGCAAGAUAUGGAUCUCUAAGGAUGAAUACGACGAGGUUGGACCUGGUAUUGUUCACAAAAAGUGUAUUUAA